GAUCAACGGCCGCCGUCGCGACGACGUCGAACGGUUGGAAUCGACCGACGCGGCGACGCCAAACACUUGGUUUGAUUACUUGAACAGCGAACGCUUCGUCAGACGUGUCGUCCGUUGCCGCACUGUCCGCACGCAGUACUCACGCCGCCUAAUCAACUACUCAUCAACCAAAAUGGUUCAACUCGUCACCGACGCCGCCGAUCUGGCAACUAAAUUGACUGAUGCCAAAGAAAAACUAGUCAUCAUUGACUUUUUUGCCAAAUGGUGUGGUCCUUGCAAGUUAAUGGCUCCAUUCAUUGAAGAACUGGCCAAUGAGUACCCUGAUGUAGUCAUGUUAAAAGUUGAUGUUGAUGAAUGUGAAGAAGCGGCUAUUGAGUAUAACAUACAAUCAAUGCCCACAUUCGUCUUCCUAAAAUCAAAAAAAGAAGUUGUUCGGUUUUCUGGUGCUAACAAAGAUAAAUUAAAGGAUAAUUUAUUGAAACACAAAUAAUAAUAUCAAAAUUGGCUUCAACCAUAGUGUCUUAAUGGACCUGCAUAUAUUCAAUGAAUUUUUUUUUAUAAUUAAACAAAAAUAGAUUUUAUACGUCA